AGUUUGAUACCACCGCCUUCGCACAAGCGCCUUCACAGGUCUUUCGGAGAAUGCCAGCGCAUCCGUCACGGCCGCCACCGCGGUCGCAGUCGCAAGCCGUGUCGUCCUUUACCCCUGACGACGUGACGGCUUUCCGGCUGCGCCCCCUCGGAUACGUCGGCACCGUCUCUCCCUUCUCUGCCUCGGCGCCUGCCUCAGCGCCAGGCCCCUCCCACGCUCCUCCCCCGCCCCCGCUGCCGAUGCUGUUGGGUGCUUCGAGCAAAGCGACUGUUCCCCGACCCCACUCGAAGGUAGUAGGCGGCGAUGCCCAGUUGAGACACGCAGCAGCAGCAGCAACAGGCGCAACUGCACACUCUGCUUCGUACCCCGUCCCACACAGACGCAGGGGAGCAGGAGAAGACGAUAAAAGGGAAGGCAUCGGUGCGAUUCACGUCCCGAGAGCCGCCACUCCGUGUGUGUACGCAGCGUUGGUGCCAGCAGCCGUCGCCUCGCGCAGCCUGGUGGAGAGCACGACGCCGGCGUGUGAAGCUGCCGCAGAUCCCGACGCAGUCGCAACAGCAAUCGACACGGCCGGCGUGGUGGUAAACGUGUCUCGUCCUCCGCUCUGCGCUGAGGCCACGGCGCCGACAGAAGAUGCACGGCGGUUUCUUGCGCCAUCAUCGGGCACCAUUGUGGCACCGAACCUCAGCUCAGCUGAGGCGCAGGAGCUGUCCCGCUGGACACGCGACACCGCCACCGCAGCACGCGAUGCGAUAGUCACGGCCACCGCGACGCCGUCCAAAACUCCACGCAAGACGACGACGGUGGUGGCGGCGUCUGCGCUCGCACCCGUGGAGACGGAGGUGCUGCAUCACUGGUGGCGCGAGCGGCUCGGCGUGCGGCUGCAGCACCGCCACACGAAUGCCCUCUUCCGGGAGCUGGCCCACGUGCUGGAGAACGCCGUGCGUAGCAGCUUGACAGCCGAGGAGGCCUACUGGCAACAGCAGCGCUCGGAGACGCACGCGCGCGGCAUCAUCAGCAGCACCCCGGCGAACACCUUCGUGCCGGCUGGAAAGAUGGAGCCGCUGAUGCGGGCGGUGCAGCUCAUCCUGCACCAAUCUACGGUCUCCUUUGUGGAGGCGCAGCUGAGUCUCACACCGACGUCGCAGCCGCUGCUGACGGAGCACGACGGGGACGACGCUGGAGAUGGGGGCGGCGACGAUACAGAAGGGAAGCGUGAGGAGGAAGUCGAUGAACUCUCCCACGAGGAACGGGCGGAGGUGCUCCACACAACUCUGCGCGCCGAAAACGUACUCGUCCACGAGACGCAGACGGCGUCUUCGGUGCUGACCACUCCGUCCAUCAUCACGCUGCCGCCCGACUCCCUCGUUCCCCCUCCCGUCCUCCGCUUGGAAACGGCCGUCGGUGCCACCCUACUCGCCCGCAUCAUCGAGCAGGCGGAGCCGUGUACGCCCGGCAUGACCUUCGCCAAGCACCUCCUGCAUCAUUACAUCCUCCCGCACGUGUAUCUCGACUACCCUGCGUGGUUGGCAGUUCGGCCGCAAAUGGGCGGCCUCAGCGAGCAGGUCACCCACCUCUCCACCCUGCCCCUUCGCAUCCAGCGGCAGCGCGACGUCGUCGUGGCGGCCGCCCAGGCACAGGGCGACACGCGCUACUUGGAGGCCGUCGUACGUAGCUGGACGAUGCGGUCGUGGUUGCGUAGUGUCGCGCGGGAGCGGCAACGGGUGGCUCAGUGUGUCGCUUUGGAAGGCGUCUUCGAUCAUCUGCAGGGUCAGCUGCGGCGGCAGUGCUGCUUCGCGCAGUGGCAGCGACGCAUGCGGUGUCGGCAGCAGCAGCGGCUGGAGACGAGGAUGGAGACGGAUUACCUGCGGUUUCUCUCGGGCUCGCAGGCGACGGCGGGAUUAGAUGGGGUGUCGAAGAUAUCCACCGGCGUUGCUAGCAGUCCUCCUGCGGGAUUUCUCACGUGGACCUCGCCGCCCGCUCUCCUCACCUCUCGCCCGGCAGGGGUGACGGGGCCAGUGCGGGGCCACGACGGCAUCAACGUCGCCAGUAGUGCCCGCUCCCUCCCUUUCUCCAACUCGAUGGCCACCCACCACCACCGCCACUCCUCCAUGAGCUGCAAGAAGAAGGGCGCGGGGCACAGCCGGGUGUACCUUUCUUUUCUGCGCCAGCGGGCAAGCAGCUCCCGCCCAGCAUCCCCACCCUCCGACGCACCACUCGGCGCAGACGCCGCUGUGGAGGGGGCCGAGAUGGCGGUGGAACGAUUUGUGGUCCGCAACUCCGACAGCGACAUGGAGGAGGUGGACGCGGACUUCGCGGCGGCAGCGGAGGCCGGAGAGGAGGACGAUAUUAAGGGACCUCGCAUCAAGAAGUUUGGCCUCGCGGCCAGCGCGGCGAGCAUCCGAAGCGGUGGCGGGACGUCACUCAUGUACCUCGAAGCACCCCGGUCUAUGGACGAUGGCGCGUCUCCCACGUUUGUUGACGUCGGCAACGACUCCGCCGCAGUGUCGGCGCGCACAGACGAAGCUGAAAUGACAACGACGGCCGUCACCACCGCAGCGCCGCCCACGAUCUUUUUUACCAUGAUGGCGAAGCUGCAAGAGAUGGAGGAGGUGAACACGUACCUGCGCAGGGAGCUCGCCGUGCACUCGCGACGCCUGCGGAAGGCGGAGGCCAGCAACAACGGUCUGCGGCAGCGCAACACCGAACUGACGGAUAUCACGCUGCGUCUGGCGCGCGAGAAACUGGAGGCGUGCAACGCGGCGCAAAAGAGCAACGCGAUCAUUACCUCAAAGAAUCGGCAGAUACGCCAGCUGCGCUCGCGGCUGCGCGCACACCGGCAUCGGCCGUGGCAGCAGGAGGUGAUGCGGCUGGUGGGAGACAUUUGCGCCGUCUCGACAGCAGCGUCUGAGCGGUCCGAUGAGGUGCGGGUCCGUCAGGAUCGGUUUGGCUUCUCAGAGACGGAGGUCGCGCAGCGCGCCGGUGCUGGUGCUGGUGGUGCGCAGACGGCAUCGGAUGGAUUAGCCAAGGUAAGCGACACCAGCGAUCAAGCCGCGCAGCAGCAGCAACAGCAACAGCAGACCACCACGUCGUCAACGGUGGCGACGGCCAGCCCCACCGUGCCGGUCGAUGCGCCGAACGAGGAGGACCGUCUUUUUGGCCGCAUCGCGCCGAUUGUGCUGCACUCCACCAAGCAGCUGCCCGAGGCACGCGUCAUACUGGUGGACUGGGCGAACAGCUGCCUCGAUGACCUGCAGCUCCUCGACGACCUCCACGGCGGUGCCCUCUCGGCCCGCUUCGGCAGCUUCGGGGAGGAGAUUCGCAACGGGAUCCUCAUCAGCCGCCUGCUGUACUACCUGGCCCUGCCUCGCUACCGUGCCCAGACGUCGGCCGCAGCCGCCUCGGUCGACGUCUCGAAGGCGAACGCCAUGAUGCAAGACGCGGAGGAGAGCCAGGCGGCGAUCGGCAACUGGACCGGAAUGGACCCGCGGCGGCAGCUGCUGGAGGGGCAGGGCGUGCAGCUCGACCCGCCCUACCCCGUGUACGAGGACUGCUUCAAGGAUAUUCUGGCCCAGUCCCCGGUGGAUCGCAUGCUGCAGCUGCUGGCUUUUGCGACGGAGCUUAUGACGAGUCAGGCGGGGGAUCCGGUGAGUCUCUCAGGCGACGCGAACCCCUUGGAAUACGUGUCCGCCGCCAUGAGCACGACAACGGUGACAGUGACGAACACCAACACGAGUACCGUCAAGGACAAGGCAGCGGCUGUCACAGCGGAAAAGGCCGGCGACACGGCUGAAAAGAAAGGGAAAGAGGUGGCCGCAGCAGCAGCCAGCACUACUUUGUCGUCUUCUACGGCGGCGGUGCCCACGCCGCCAUCCUCGCAGCCGGCCGUUCCCAUUCCCCUCCACUCCGUCGUGGACCCGUACGCCCUCGCACGCGGCGAAUCGAGCGCCGUCGUCACGCUCAUCGCCCUUCUCUACGUCCGCUUUGCCCACCCCUUCCAUCACAAAAGCCGCCGCAGCGCCAAGCAGGAGCGACGGAUGCUGCUGCAGCUGUGGAGCAACGGGGACGCGACGGCUGAGGAGUUGGCCGGACCGCGGGAGGAGGGCGGUCGGGAGCGCCGAGACAGCGGUCACUCGGAUGCGUCGCUGAUUUCGUUUGUGCAAACAGGGGAGGACGAGGAGGAGAGGGCAGGAGGAGGAGGAGGAGGGAAGGACGCGGACGCACACAAGACGGGGGCGGAGGAGGAGGGCAACGCGGCCGCCCGGCGUUCACCGUCGGUGGACGCGGCGAACGACAAAGCAGCAGCAGAAGCGGCGGCGGAGGGCACCUUCUCCAUUGAGGCGGAAAUGCUGCGGCAGCUGGCGCCGGAAGACAAGACGCCGUGGCAGCUGUUCCGUGAGCGCUGCUUGCCCGUCUUCGGCACCCAGGCCCACCCCUUUCUUCUCCGUGGCGGCUUCUGGCCGGCGGAGGCGUUCGACACGCCAGAGCUGGCGGCGAUGCUCGGCGCCCUCGCCAUGGCCCUCCACCGCUCCUUGCAGCUGCACCGCUGGCACGUGACGCUGAGCUGCUUGGUGCCAGUCCGCACCUACAGUGGACUCAGUCGCGGUGUCUUCACGGGGCCAAACGCAUCCCCGGCGGCGCUGCAGCUGGGACUGCGGCAGGAUGGUCAGGAGCUGCUGUGCUUGGACUUCCCCCUCGUACGGCGCCGCAUCGAUGCCCGUCAGAAACAAUUUGAGGGUGCCGCUGCGGCUGCCGUUGCCGCUGGCUCGCCCGUCAACUCCCCCCUGCGCAGAGGGGCUCCCUCCGCGCUGUCCCCCGCUGCAACGUCGUCUCCGUUGUACACGCCGGGCCCGGCGCAGGACGAAAUUCGCGCCCUCUUAGAGGCCGUGACGAGUGUGUGGCAAGAGGAUUUGUUGUCUCUCUUCACCCAGCGGGCCACGCUUUCCCCGCAGCUCGCCCUUCCCAUCCUCGACCUCGGCGGCUGGCGGUUGCUGUGUGGGGAUCUGGGUCUCAUCGACCUCUCCAGCCUGGAGGACGACGAGGCUGACGGCGGCGGUGGUGGUGGUGGUGGCGGUGGUCCGAGUGAAGCGCCGAAGCAGCUCAGCCUGCCCAUCGCCUCCGCCUUGUCGAUGAUGCAGCGAAACGCGUUGGACAUCGAGAUCGUGACGGUGAUUUUCCAAAAGGCCGUCAUGGCGGUGGCGCAGGAGCGCGAUGAGGUGGACCCUUCCGUGUUCAGCACCUUGCCGCGCGGUCAGCACCUGCACGAACUGCCCUCAUCACAGCAGCAGCCGCUGCGGGCAAAUGUUUCGAUGGAGUACGUGUUAGGCACCUCUGCCCUCGCGCCGCUGCAGUCCGGCGCCAGCGCGGAGCUCAACAACUUCGGUGUCGACAGCAGCGGCAGACUGCUACGCGCCCCGCACGGCACGGGCGAUCACGUGGCGGUGCCGGACAUUCAAAUCGAUAUGACGUACGCCGCCUUUGUGCUGGCCCUCGCGCUGCUGGCAGAUGUGCUUUUCCCCGGCUCGUACGUUCCCCGUAUCGUCGCCGUGUCGAACACCCCGCUCGUGGUGCCGCGCCACGACGACAGCAACAGAAAGGCGGAGAAGGUCGCCACGCCGAAGGAUGGCAACGCCGCCGUCUUGGACCCGACGGACGCCCCGCCCAACUCCUUCGCUCUUCAGUACUGCUCCCUGCCCAUGGCCUUUGCGGAGAUGAUGCGCUGCGUCGUCCUGACCAGCCCCCUCGUCGCACUUCGGCCGAACGACCCACGCAGUAUUCUGCGCCGCCUCACGUGCGGCCUGCCCACGCAGAUGGUCCUGCACCGACACGCGCCGGCCCUCCUGCUUGUUUUCCAAGCCUACAGCAGGGACAUCUUUGGAGUCGAAGGUCUGCUGCGGGAGGAUCUGCUGCGGCUGCUGCGCGAUGCCAUGCUGACGAAUGCAGAGCUAACGCAGUACUUGGUAUUCGACCUCUUCGCGAGCUGCAGCGUGCUGCGGCACGCCAACGAGGAGGUGGCCGUCGGCAUGCGCCGCGACGUGGAUGGUCGCAUGCGGCCGGACGCCGCCGCGGUCGCGACCACACGAAAGCCAGGCUACCGUGCCGUGCGCAUCGUGGACCCCAGCUCGGCCGUCGACAACUCUGCCGCAGCGGCGGCGCAGCGCAAACGCGCCUUCGUGCUCACCUUCGAAGGUUUCUGCGACCUGAUGUGUGUGUUGUGCGGCUUUAAGCAGCCGAACGUGUUUGUGCCGUUUGAGGAGCGACUGGCCAUCUUUCUGCGGCGCUCGCUGCUGCGGCCGCUGACGCACACGGUGGCGGGGCUCGGUGCGUUGCUGGCGCAGUCGCAGUCCGCGCAGGAUGCUCCUGGCAGAGAUGCAGCGCCCAGCCCAGAUGUGCCGGCGGUCGCGCGGGCCGGGCGAGCGGGGCGGUGA